AUGAAAAAUGCGAAAAUAGACAGCCGAUUUAUGCCGUCUUCUUGCCAGAUGAUGUUCAAAACUCCCCACGCAGCCUCUAUUCUUCGCUGGCAGAAGCGGCCAAAUUUGCGAAUUCUCCGGAGUACAAAACAAGAGGUGCACAAUUUCGACGUUUUGAGAAUUCUAAUGAGGCUAUCAACUUUUUCGACAGCCAACAAGCCUGGUUUCGAGAUAAUUUAUCAAGGCUCUAGGGAGCGGACCCAGCUGUUCCCUAGCAAGCACCGACGACAAUUCAAAAGAAUGAUUUCAAAGAGACAAUUGAAGAAUCAAAUUAUGAGGACUUUAUGUGGUCGAAGAGAUGAAAACCCUUGGCUUUUGAUAAACACUUCUGGUGAUUAUCCAGCUAUACAAGGCUCUCUUUAUAACGUUUUACAUGUGGGGGUCAGGGUCGGUGCUGGAGAGAUAGUUGCCAAAACGCUCUUAUUAACUUCUGACAUUAAAUUUCUGGUACGACUUUAUGGAACAAAUGACGCCGACGUUUUGAUAAGAAGGGAAAACAUAAUGACGGAAUUUUUAUGCACGCUAGACAAAGGAAACAUUGGAACACCUUUAGUAAUAGCAUUGAAGUUUGGACACACAUCUGUUGUGAAAGCAAUAACGGCCUUCGCAACAUUGCCUCUUUGUGAUGCAAUUCAUCCCAGGCUUAACCUUAACAUUCCAUGCUAUUGGAUGACUCAAUCUUGUGCUCUCGGUUUACUGGAAAAAAAAUCAAAAAAAGAGAUUAAGAGUCCUUACGUGCCUUUGUAUCGUGCACACGAGGGCACUUACCCGGCAAGUUCUCCCUCCAACCGAAUUUCCUGGGCUCGUGCCUGGGUCUGGCGAUUGUCGACCUGGAGUCUCAGGGACACACCCACAACUGGCGAAGAGUCAGCACAAAAGUUUUACAGAGAAUGGGAUCAAAGCGUGAAGAUCAUCAAGCGAAGGGAUAUGGACGAAGUGGGUCCUCACCAGCGACGCGAUGAUCCAUCACCGAACCCUGGAACAUGUAUCGAGUUGCCA